AUGGGGUUGAUGAGAAGAAUACCGCCGAAGCAAUCGGAGACAGCUCUCUCUGCACUUCUCAGCCUCUUGCCUCAGCAUUCCUCAGAUCUCCUAUCUCAAGUUGACCAGCCUCUUCAGGUUUUAUGUGAUGCUGAAUGUGGGAAGGAAUUCAUUUUAUGUGAAUACAACAGAGAUGCAGACUCUUACAGGUCACCUUGGUCAAGUACAUACCAUCCCCCACUAGAAGAUGGAUCUCAUCCAUCUCCAGAGCUGAGGAAGCUUGAGAUUGAAGCAAACGACAUCUUUGCUAUAUAUCGUGACCAGUAUUAUGAAGGAGGCAUUUCAUCGGUGUAUAUGUGGGAAGCUGAAAAUGAAGGGUUUGUAGCUUGCUUUUUAAUUAAAAAAGAUGGCUCAAAGUCUGGACAUGGUAGGAGAGGCUAUCUCCAAGAAGGAGCUUGGGAUGCCAUACAUGUUAUUGAGGUUGGACAAGAAGAAGAAAUAGCGCAUUACUCUUUGACAAGUACUGUGAUGCUGUCAUUGACAACAAAUGAUGAGUCAUCAGGCACCUUCAAUCUGUCUGGAUCCAUUAGAAGACAGAUGAAUAUGGACCUUCCAGUCUCAGAGGGUCAUUUAUGCAAUAUGGGAAGGAUGAUAGAAGAAAUGGAAAGUAAGCUGAGGAACUCCUUGGACCAGGUCUAUUUUGGGAAAACAAAAGAGAUGGUUUGUACUUUACGACCUCUUGAUGAACUGGUCCAAAUGAAGCUGCCCGACAGCUGA